CGAAUGCAACUGGAUGUAGCAAAGUUGUAUCGGCCGCGUAAACUGCAUUUCCGGAGAACUGGUGCUCUCUGGUGACAUCUGACAAAACUAGUGACAAAAUACAAAAUGGCAAACCGCACGGUGAAAGAUGCUAAAUCUAUUCGCGGAACAAAUCCACAAUAUUUAGUGGAAAAGAUCAUCAGAUCUCGAAUAUACGAUUCGAAAUAUUGGAAGGAAGAAUGUUUCGCCUUAACAGCCGAAUUGUUGGUCGACAAAGCAAUGGAGUUGAGAUAUUUAGGAGGCGUAUACGGAGGCAAUGUAAAACCCACACCAUUUCUUUGCCUGAUAUUAAAAAUGCUCCAAAUACAGCCUGAGAAAGAUAUCAUAGUCGAGUUCAUAAAGAACGAAGAAUUUAAAUACGUUCGGGCUUUAGGUGCAUUGUAUAUGAGAUUAACUGGCUCUUCCUUAGACUGUUACAAAUAUCUUGAACCAUUAUUCAACGACAACAGAAAGCUCAGACACCAGAAUAAACAGGGCGUUUUUGAGCUUGUACAUAUGGAUGAAUUUAUUGAUAAUCUUCUCAGGGAUGAAAGAUCUUGUGACGUUAUUUUACCAAGAAUUCAGAAAAGGCACGUUUUAGAAGAGAACAAUGAGCUAGAAGCAAAGAUAUCGGCGUUAGAAGAUGACAUGGAUGAUGGUAUCGAAUCAUCCGAAGAAGAAGAGCUUCCACCAACUAAAGAAAUACCACGCAAAAGACUAGAUGACCAUGAACGGGACAGAGAUCGUCACAGGGACAGGGACAAGAGACAUCCUCGGUCUGAUAAAAAAUCUGAGAAGGAAAAACCUAGAUCGAGAAGCAGAGAGAGGGACAGAGAUAGAGACAGGAGAGAGCGUAAACGCAGCAAAUCUCCGAAAUCUCACUCUUCAUCGCACAAAGAUAAGGAUAGAGACAGAGAUCGUCACAGAAGAGACGAUCGGGAAAGAGAGAGAGAAAGAGAAAGGGAAAGAGACAGAGAUAGAAGGAGAGAGCGCGAUAGAACUAGGCAUUAAAAUGUGACAAUGUGGAAGACAUUUUGUCAAGUACUAUUUAUACAAAUUGGAUAAAUAAAAAAGACAAAUCAAUAAGUAA